AUGCCAGGCUUCUCCCUCUGGCUGGUGCCCCCUGCCGCUUCUCCAGCCCGCGCCGCUCUCUCCACGCUGAUCGCCGAAUCCCUCCCCGCCCAAUUCCCAACCGAACAGCCUCCCCCGCCAAGAUUCGUCCCCCACGUGACUCUCACGAGUGACGUCCAACUCGAGUCCUUUUCGACCCCGUCAGCCGACGAGGAGCAGCAAAAGCGCGACGCCCGUGCCUGGCUGGAUGCGCUGACCGCUCUCCCCGCCGGUCGCGACGUCCGCGUGCGCUUCGAGGCCCUGGACGUCGGCGAGAAGUUCGUGCAGAAGCUGACCCUGCGCGUGUCCAACGAAGGCGGCUUGCGUGAGCUCGCUCGCCUCUCGCGCCUGCAUGGUGUCGAGGGAGGGGCCAAUGCGGACUCUGUCGACGCCUGGCUGGAGGGCGCUUACCGGCCCCACUGCAGCUUGGUGUACGGCAACAUGCCCAUCUCGGACCAGAAGAAAGCCGAACUCCAGAGCAUAGUGGAACAAGCUGGCGUCAGUGUCACCGGCUCUGGUGAGUUGGGUGGCUGGGAAGGCGGCCUCGUGUGGCUAGUGCCAACCUUCAAGAAAAUCCCCGAAUGGGAACCGUGGGUGGAGAGAACCCUUUGA